GAACGGUGACGGAGAAACCCGAAGCAAACCCCGGAAGCUCCGUCGUUACUGGUCAGUGUCAGCCAGCCCGUUGUUAAUGUUAAAGCGAUGUGUUGCUGCUGCUACCGAGGGUAUAACACGACUACCUUUGGAGCCGGAGUUAAGCUCAAACGAGACUUCAAGAUGUGUUAAAGACGGCGUUCCCAACAGAAGACAUUAGGGAUAUUAAGGUAUGUCAUUCAGCUUACGUGUCAGCCUACAUGUGUACUUCACAUACCUGAAUGCUGGUCCAGGAGGUAUACAACACAGCAUGCUAUUGUGAGGAGAGAACAUAUUAGGGCAGGAUGCAGUCUUCAAACCACCGACUGCGAGAUAUGGAGCAGCACCACCCGCUGCUGUCGCCAGGUGCAGAUGUCGAGACAGGGAGCCUGGCAGCCGGGGUGAUGGUUGGAGGUCCCCACGCUGGCCACGCGGCGGGGAACCGAUCACUGUGGUUCAUUCAGGACAGCUGUGGGAUGGUGUGUGCAGGCAUUACCUGGUUCCUGGUGCUGUAUGCUGAAUUUGUGGUGAACUUUGUCAUGCUGCUGCCCGGCAAGAACUUCUGGUACUCGCUGUUGAACGGGGCCACCUUCAACUCCCUGGCUGUGCUUGCAUUGGCCUCACAUAUGCGCACCAUGAUGACUGACCCGGGUGCGGUUCCUAAGGGCAACGCAACCAAGGAGUACAUGGAGAGCUUACAGCUGAAGCCUGGCGAGGUCAUCUACAAGUGCCCGAAGUGCUGCAGCAUCAAGCCUGAAAGGGCACACCACUGCAGUAUUUGUAAAAGAUGUAUCCGGAAGAUGGAUCACCACUGUCCCUGGGUCAAUAACUGCGUAGGAGAAAAGAAUCAGAGAUUCUUUGUACUUUUCACUAUGUACAUAGCUUUGAUUUCUGCCCACGCCCUGGGCCUCAGUGGUAUGCACUUCUUCACCUGUAUUAAAGUCCAGUGGAACGAGUGCAGUGACUUCUCUCCAGGGGUGUCUGUGCUGCUGCUGAUCUUCCUCUGCCUCGAAGCCAUCCUCUUCCUCACUUUCACAGCUGUAAUGUUUGGCACGCAGCUCCACUCCAUCUGCAACGACGAGACGGAGAUUGAACGUCUUAAAAAUGAGAAGCCCACGUGGGAGCGUCGCAUGAGAUGGGACGGAAUGAGAGCUGUGUUCGGGGGUACGCCCUCCCUGCUGUGGUGCAAUCCAUUCACAGGCCUGCGUCUGCGUCGCCUGUUGCUGUUGACUCAAGGUCGCCUUGGCGGGUCUGAGUUCUCUGUCUGAGAGCGGGGCAGACUGAUGCUGCUCACCAACACUUGACCGUCUCUAAAGCAAGACUUCUGGUGUGCCCUCCUCGGCUGGGGCGAGGAUGGACCUUUGCAUCCUGAGGCUGUCCUUUAUGUGUGGGUGACGGGGAGACAGGCUGCUACAGUGGGACCCCAGUCAACCACCAAUGAAAGUUUGUAUUCUCCCUCUCACAUGCUGAUGUAGACCCAACUCCUUUGGUCGGCACGAGUAUGCUGAACAACUGGAAUAUUGUUUCUAACAUGAGCAGAUGUUUUGGUUUGUUUGUGUGUUUUUAAGUAAAGCAUGCAGUAUGUAACUCAAGUGAGUCUUUUGUUCCUUGUGAGACGUCGAGGGUGCUGUUUGAACUCAACUCGUGCACCGUCACGACACAACUCCAGCAGUUUGUUUUCUUUUGCUGCUCAAAUGAGAUUCAAGAUCAGUGUUUGAAUCAGCGACAUAUCUUUCAUCAUCGCUGGACCCAGACAAGUGGAUAUAAAUGGGGAAAUGCUUGAAAAUGUUCUGCUGGACCCAGACAAGGGAAUCAAAGUCAAGGACAUGCACUACUUACACGGCACUUGAGAGAAAAUCUGGAUAUGGAGCACAGCGGACAUCAGAAAUUGGAACUGUUGCUGCCUUGAUUUGCAUGUAUAACAGCUCAAUCAGUCUGCAUCUCAGCCAGGAAAUGAGGCUUUCGCUCUCUUCAAAUGAACGAACAGGCUACUGUGAACACAAGCCUCAUUCUUAUUCAAGAGGACUGAGUGGCGUUUCCUAUCUGUUCAUCCUCUUCGUCGUGUUUUUCCUUCAUUGGGGCUGGAAUUGUUGAUUCUUUAGGUUACUCAGGCCAGUAGAAAUGAAUUGUCCUUUUUUUUUUUUAAAUAACUGCUGAAGCUUCUUUACCUUUCAUCACAGUGAAAACUGA